UCCUCACAGUCAGCUUCAGCCAGAUUCGUUGAACCCCACCACCAGAUGACUGUCAGAGCGCAUUUUCAGUUGGGAAGAGGGAGUGAGAAGUAAAAGGAGGAGACCCGUCUGGGGGGGGAGGAAGCGUGUGUUAGGGAACGAGGGAGAGAGUGUGAGGUACAGUGAGAGCAGAGUCAGAGCAGAGUGAGAGCAGAGACUCCUGCGGACCGCAGAGAGGCAACUUCACCGGGAUUGUUGUCACUGCGCUCCGUGGCGGAGGAUAGAUCGCUUCCGUGCGGCUCCGGGGCAGCAGCAGCAACAGCAGCAACAGCAGCAGCAGAAGCAGCAUGCUGGAGAAGGCUUGAAGACGGACCGUGGAUGAAGCUUGGCUGAAACGCCUGAACCACUGACACUGCCUGAGAGCGCAGAAGGAGGCUAGAGCCGUGCCAGCGAGGCAAGGGACAGACACUGGAGAAGGAGCUGAUGCUGCGGGAAAGUUACCAACUAUGGAGAUUUACAGCUAAGUGAAAGUUUACGCACUGAUCGAACCGUCCAGAGUCACUUCUCCACACUGGAUGCCGUUAUAGACAGAUCUCGGUGCGCUUUUUCUUCUGAUUCUGGUGCCGCGGUGGACCUAGCCAGCUCGGUCGGCAUAGAUCUUUUCACGCAACACAGUCAACGGGCAGGAUGUCUGAAAUUACUUCUCUAUACCUCAUCUUUUGCCUUGUGGUGACAGCAGCCACCAAAGCGGCCUACUUCUCCCAGCAGCCCCAGAACCAGGUGGUGGUGCAGGGCAAGUCCGUGACCCUGCCUUGUGUGAUUGUGGGUUACAGAGGAAUGGUCCAGUGGACCAAAGAUGGUCUGGCGUUGGGCGGAGAGAGAGACCUACCAGGCUGGACGCGCUAUUCCUUAAUGGGUGACCCGCUAUCAGGCGAGCACAGCUUGCUGAUCGAUUCAGUGGAGUUGGCGGAUGACGCGGAAUAUGAGUGUCAGGCUACACAGGCAGGGCUCCGCUCCCACCGUGCCAAGCUCACUGUGCUAGUUCCCCCCUCGGACCCGGUGGUGGAAGGCGGGCCCGUCGUUCGCCUGAAGGCCCACACGCCGCACAACCUCACCUGCAGAGCCUCGGGAGCCAAACCCGCGGCCGAUAUCACCUGGUACAGAGACGGAGAGGUCAUGGACACGGCGAUCUAUUCCAAGGCUCCAAUGGAGGAUGGGAAGAGGGAGGCAGCUGUCAGUAUGCUUCCCAUCAUUCCAGAAGACAGCGACUCUGGACGCACCUACACCUGCAGGGUUCUCAACCAAGCUGCCCCCGGUGGACGACAGACUUCAGUCACCAUCAGCGUCCAGCAUCCUCCCUCGGUGACCCUGUCAGUCCAGCCUCAGACCGUGACUGAGGGGGCCAAAGUUCUCUUCAUUUGCUCUGCGUCCGCCAACCCUGAGAUUACCGGUUACAGGUGGUCGAAAGGAGGAGUGCCCAUCUCAGAGGCCAACGGGGACAGCCUGGAGGUGACUGUGGACUAUUCUUACUUCACCGACCCAGUCUCCUGCGAGGUGUCCAACUCUGUGGGCAGCACCAACGUCAGCACUCUGGUCGAUGUGCAAUUCGGCCCCAGACUGCUGUCAGAGCCCAAGCCGAUGACUGUAGACAUAGGGAUGGAUGCGGCCUUUACCUGCGCGUGGACUGGAAACCCUCCUCUGACCCUGGCCUGGACAAAGCACGGCUCCAGCGUGGUGCUCAGUAAUGGUAACACCUUGCAGCUAAAGGCCGUUACCCAGGAGGAUGCUGGAACAUACACCUGCAAGGCCAUUGUUCCUCGUAUAGGAGUUGCAGAAAGAGAUGUCACUCUAACAGUAAAUGGUCCGCCUAUUAUCACAGCAGAAGCGACACAGCAUGCUGUCAAGCACUCCAAGGGCAAACUGGAGUGUCGGGUGGCAAGCAGCCCUCCACCUGAAAAGAUUGUGUGGAGCUUCGGGGACACGAGUCUGUCAUCUGGUUCCUCUGGUCGUUACUCGGUGCAGACGGUGACCACUGACCACGGGGUCCUGUCCUCCCUGGUGCUGUCUGAGACUCUGGUGCAGGACUUUCAGACGCGGUACAACUGCACCGCUUGGAACCGCUUCGGCACCGGCACUGCCCUCGUCACACUGAAGGAGCAAGAGGCCUUGCCUAUGCUGAUAAUUGUCGGCGGAGCAGUGGGUGGAGGUUGCGUCCUGCUCAUCUGCGUUAUCACACUGGUCUCCCUCUGCUGCCGACACACAGGCAAAGGUGAGCUCAACGGUAAAAGAUGCACUCGACUUUCCAAGAGUGAUAUACGGGUUCAGAUUGUUCACAGUGAUCACAACGCUACUCGUGGCAACGAUGAUGAGGAGGAUGUCAAAGAACCAAUGAAAUGCUUGGUCUUCCCUCAGGCUCCCAACAGCAGUGAGUCUCCAGGGACAUCUCGCACAGAACACAGCGACCUCCUGGAGGAGGAGGACGACGAAAGAUCGGACAUCAAGGACCCCACAAAUGGAUAUUACAACGUACGAGGCCACGACGAUCGUCACAUCCGCAACAGUGGCUUCUCUGAGUACGUGCCCAACUCCCGGCCGGUCUACACGCCAUCACAGCUGCCUUCCCCGAGCCCCAUAUACGGUCAGCACGGCACCCAACCUCGUAUUUACGAGUUCUCCCACCGAUACGCCACCAACACCGUGAGCAGAACUUCAUACGAACAGCAGCCACCGGCCCAGCAGCAGCAGCAGCCGCCGCCGCAGUCGCCCACCCAGCCAGCCAGCAUAUAUCCCGCAGAUCCCCUCUACGGCAGCUCUGCCUACCUUCCCGCCACCUAUGGCCGUGCCUUCACCAGCUACGUUAAGCCAGCCUCCUACGAGAAGGUCGAUGCGUAUGACCAAUCAGAUCAGGCCAGCAAGGUGUCCAGUUCGUCUCGCUUCUCCUACGCCUCCUCUCAAGUGUCCUCCCAGCAGUCCGACUACGGCCGGCAGACUCAACGCAUGCAGACUCAUGUCUGAUCAGACACGGGAAAAAAACAAACAACAAAAACGAAGUAGAAGAAGUGAGUAGAUACCACAUUUGUGGUGGAACUAACAAGAAAAUACUUUAUUUACUCACACAGUCUUGCAAGGAUUUGUUUGGACGGUCAUGAUCAAGGUCAUGGGAUUACCAAACUCCUUUGUGAUGGAUGCCAAGAUGAAAAAGCUUGCAGCGUCUGAUACCUCGUCGGGUUUUACUCUACUUUUCUGAAUAUGAAAGGGGCCAACUGGAACACGACUGCAUCUCAGCAGGGAUAUCCUUUAACCUGCAUUCCAGUACUUUACCUUGAGUCGACACUAAAUGUCAAAAAAUGACCUCCUGAAUACUUGGAAAGAUCUCACAAAGCUAAAACAUAAUCAAGGAAAAACAAAACAAAAAGAAAAAAAAACUACAUGAACAGCCUUUUGUUGUCUGUCAUUUGAUGUCUUGUUGGCAUGCGAAAGCAAUUCUAAGCACAUUCGUGUCUCUAUCAUAAAAAAAAAAAGACUGAGCUAUUUACAGAGGUAGGGCUUACCCUAUUCUGCACAACGGGCUAGUUGUACUGACCAACAAGUGCUGCAGGCACUGUUGUGUAUGAAGACUAAUCACCAGUGGAGUACAUCCGAACUUAGCUGUACUCCUGGACAUGUUUUGGACAUAGAAGUGAACACCAAAACAUGAUAAGAAUGUGUGUACAGUAUAUGUUAACUAUGUUGUACAAGACGGAUAAGGUUAGGCCAUGAGAUCCCAAUGACGGUAAGAAAUGUGUUUCUCGAAACGCUUGAAAAACAAACCUGUUUUCUGAUUGUACAACAAAGGGUAGGAUCUUGAAAGAACAAUCAAAAGUGGUGUUGAGGAAAAUGUUGGCAAUCUUGAACUUUAAAUAGACUUGAACAUCAACUUCUGGAGGCUCAGACGGGAUGAGUGAUGAAUCAGUGGUCCUAAUGUGGACCGUUUAAAAGUUUUACAACUCAAUCGAAUUGUCUCAACAUGUUUACAAGAACCAGAACUACCCUGAAACACUGCGCAUCUGUACAAACGGCUCUUGCUCUCUCUCUCUCUCUCUCUGUUGCAUGCAAACGAUGUGUCUUGUGACAAGUUUUCAGCGUUUAUAUCCAUCUCCAUUUCAUGUUUGAGCGUAUCGGAUUCUCCGCACCCGAUCCCAUUGCGUUUCACUACCUGGAUGUUUUCUGUACUGCCAUUUGUCUACGCGAGCUAAUGCCAGGGCAGCCUGACGAGAGAACAAAAUGUUGCUGAAAGAGAGGAGGCCAACAUCAUCGCUUGUCUUUUAUUUUUAUAUUUUAUAUAAGCCUUAAAGUACAGCUUGUGAGCUGGUCUAUUGUAAAGUAUCUUUAUACAUGUGUAAUCAGUCUUUUGAUUUUUUUUGUUUGUUUGUUUGACCGUCACAGAUUUUUACAUUGCCGUUGUUUGGUCACCGGACUCAGUUAAAAUGCUUAUUUUCUUUCAGUUGAGCACCACUAAUUGCAAUUUCUUUGGUCAUUCUUAUGUUGUUGUAUUAAGAAUUUUAUUUGCUAGGAUUGAGCUAUUAUUGCUUGUACCUUUGUACACAUAUUUAUAUUUAAAUAAAAUCAUUUCCAAAAAAGAAGCAG